GCAUCUUUAAUAUUAGUGAAGACUUGACAAUGGGGCCGGAAAGCCAAUCAUCUCUCCUCAUUGUCAUCCAUUACCGCAUUACAUAUUUUGAAAUUUGUAAAUUGCUUAAAUUGAGUGUGUUCUUCAAUCUUCGCUACAAGAAUUCUACUGCUCCUAAAACCGUAACCCCAUAAAUCUUUCUAUCAUUUUUGUACUGAAACUAUCAAUUUCUCCUCAAAUUCCUCAUCUUAUCUCAAGAAAGAUAAAAGGGAAACAUCUCCACUCUUAUUUCAUCACAGCCCUUUGUACAAUUUUUUUUUUUUUUUUGUUUCCAGUUCUUUCUCCUUUUCUGAAUUGAAUCCCGUUUUUGCAAAUCACUGUUUGUUUGCUGGGCGUUGGGUUUUUGCUCGGUUUGUGUAGAUGAAAUCAUUGCUGAUGGUGUUGAUAGGGGUACCUGUUGAAGUUAUGAAGUUUAGGUUUGAGAAGUGAUUUGAGGGUUUUUUGUGCGUGGAAUUUUGGGCUGAUUUUUUUUUACAAUUUGGAGAAAAAUAAGAGGUGGGUGGUGCCAUGAUUAAGCUGGGAUUGAAAUCACGGUCACGGAGAGUGGUUCAGGACACCUCAGUGGCGGUGGAAAAAUCCAAACUUUGUAUGGGAAAACAUAGCAGGGAUGUGGAUGAAGACAGUGGUUAUUGUUGCUGGGAUAGCUUGCCUUCGGAACUACUCAGAGAAGUGUUGUUGAAAGUAGAGGAAUCCGAAUCUAAAUGGCCCGCGAGGAAACACGUGGUGGCGUGUGCGGGUGUGUGUAAGAGCUGGAGGGAGGUGAUGAAGGAGGUGGUGAAAACUCCGGAGGUUUCUGGGAAGAUUACGUUUCCCAUUUCUGUUAAACAGCCUGGCCCAAGAGAGUCCCUUCUGCAGUGUUUUAUAAAAAGGAAUCGCUCUACUCAAACAUAUUAUCUUUUUGUGAGUUUAAGUCAAGCACUGGCAGAUGAUGGGAAGUUUCUUCUUGCUGCUCGUAAGUGUAGGCGGACCACAUGUACGGACUACAUUAUCUCUCUACAUGGAGAUGACAUGUCAAAGGGGAGUGACACUUACAUAGGAAAAUUAAGAUCUAAUUUUCUCGGAACAAAGUUCAUUGUGUAUGAUGCUCUUCCUCCUCAUUCUGGAUCCAAAAUGGAAAAAAGUAGGUCCACCUGCGUGGUUGGGUCAAAACAAAUUUCACCUAAGGUCCCUGCUGGCAAUUAUCCAGUGGCUCACAUCUCAUAUGAGUUGAAUGUGCUGGGAGCCAGAGGUCCAAGAAGAAUGCACUGUGUCAUGGAUGCGAUUCCAGCUUCAGCCAUUAAACCUGGAGGUGUUGCUCCAACACAGACAUAUUUCCCCAUCACCAGUGUCGACUCCUCUCCAACACUCCCAUUUUUCCGAACAAAAUCAAAUUGUUUGGAUAAAUCCUUUUCCGGACCUUUGUGCAACCAAGGGGGCAGUUCACUUGUUCUGAGAAAUAAGUCUCCAAGAUGGCAUGAGCAACUCCAAUGCUGGUGUUUGAACUUCCAUGGUCGGGUCACAGUUGCAUCAGUGAAAAACUUUCAGUUAGUUGCAUCUCCAGAGAAUGGCAUAGCUGGGCCGGAACAUGAUAAGGUCAUCCUUCAGUUUGGAAAAGUGGGGAAAGAUGUCUUUACAAUGGACUACCGGUAUCCAAUAUCAGCUUUUCAGGCUUUUGCCAUCUGUCUUAGCAGCUUCGAUACAAAAAUAGCAUGCGAAUGAUGCAUUUCAAGUGGUAUGAAUCUACUUUUUCCUCAUAAAUAUUCAUACAAUUGGUGCAAAUACGACAAAUAUACUUUUCCACCCAAUUUAUGCAAAUAACAUUGUGGUUGUCAAAUGUGUCAAAUUAUUACUUUUCUUUGGUGAGAAUUGGGGCAGUCUAAUACUUGGGAUGUUUUCUUCUAAAGGCUUGUAAAUAAGAACUCCCAGCUUUGUACUUAUUUUUGCUGCCGAACUUGAAAUUUACGUCGUAUCACUUCUGGAUGCCUAAAGAAACCUUGUCGGGAUGUAAUUGCACUGUGAUACGAGGAAGUGUGCAUAAAAAUGUGGAGACACCUAGUCCGUCCUGUUUUCUGUUUCUAGAGCUUUUGUUUGAACUUCAGUUUCUCAAUCCUACAAACAACAAUAUGGAGAUAUUCCACAUUGUGAAGAGUUAACAUUUCGUUGUACAUCUUUAACUUUCUCUGUGUAUAUCAUUUAUUCAAUUAUCCUUCUUAAGUAUGUAUUCCUCUUUGCUUCUUUCAGACCCAUUUGAGUAGAGCUGGUAAGAGACAUCUUUGGUAGCCUCAAGGCUUAAACUAUACACAGAUCUUUAUGAACUU